AUGUUAUCGCAGAACCUCACCACCGGCGAGGCCCUCUCGGGCAUUUUCGGCAGCGUGAGCUUGACAGCAUGGAUUUGCCUACUGAUUCCCCAGCUCAUCACGAAUUACAAAGCCAAGAGCGCCGAGGGGUUGUCCAUGGGAUUUCUAGCCAUCUGGCUUUUUGGCGAUGUCACUAAUCUGGGGGGCGCCCUCGCGACUGGUCUUGCCCCUACCGCCACAGCGCUAGCAGGCUACUUCUGCAUAUCCGAUCUUAUUCUUAUUACGCAAUGCAUGUACUACAAUAUGCGCAAUGCUCACGUUGCUCGACGACGAGAUUCUUCCGAUACCGAGUCAUCUGAAGAACGACCUUUGUUGCGGCGCAACUCCACAACCUCGACCUCGCAUGCUCGACGAUCCCACCACGAGCAAUCGAACUCUGAUGCUCUUAAGCGUGUUGUUUCAGGGGAGGCUGAAACCUCCAAGACCAGCUCGUGGCUGAGUAAUUCUCUGGCCGUCUUUGCUAUCUAUCUCGUGGGUGCAGCAGGGUGGUUCAUCUCAUACCGCGCUGGAGCAUGGGAUAAGCCUGAUGGUCCCGAUGCGCCGGAUUCUGACUCAGAGCCUCCCCUUGGCGGCAUGAUUCUUGGCUAUGCCAGUGCGCUUUGUUAUCUAUGCGCUAGGAUCCCUCAAAUCAUCAAGAAUUACAGAGAGAAAUCUUGCGAGGGCCUCGCACUUUUAUUUUUCAUGUUCUCCUUGACUGGAAAUCUGACAUAUGGGUUGAGCGUCUUCACUUAUUCCCAAGAUGCUGAUUACAUUACCAGGGCCGUGCCGUGGUUGCUUGGAUCGCUGGGGACAAUUGUGGAGGAUUGCAUUAUCUUCUACCAAUUCCGCAUAUAUUCAGGUGGAGAAGAUUCUGGGAACAGGUCCACCGGCGUUAACGGCGCACACGAAUCUGCAUAAAUGCAUUUGAAACAUGGGACAGGAGAUGAGAAGGUUAUCAGCAUAUUGCAUUUCCAAGCUAUCGGCAUUGUUAGGUUAGCUCUCGCUUUUCGUACUGCAUACUUUGGGGCGUUCCGUUAUUGGGGGCAUUGUCUAUCGUCUUGCUCUCUUGUUCUCGGAUCACAGCGCUAUGACAAUUAGUGCCAUGGAUGUAUGUUUUUGGGUUACAUUCGGACUUAAACCUGGACUGGAUUGGGGUUCUUUUCUAGAUUGUCAAGACUCUAGAACAUGCUUAAUAUGAGAAUAUCAUAUCAUGAGCGCUUUGUCUCCUCUGGCACGUUACUUAUCUUGCUUAAAUAAUUCCCUUGGACCGACGCAUCUGCCCAU